CAGGAUUUCUCCCUUUCUGCUUUACCCGAGAAGAGAGUGACAGCACAGCGCCACCCGGAAGGCACGAGCCGAUCAGUGAGGAGCCGAGAAUGAACCGCUUCAAGACGUCCAAAUAUAAGAACACCACUCCGAAGAUUCCGAAAAAAGAUGAGUGGAUCCCAAAUGUGCGAGGAAGCUCCCUCAACUCUCAGGGCAACCAGAUUAAAUCCAGCUGCAGCCUCUUGGCCUUCAACACUGACCAAGCCGGUGGUGGAAAGGUGGGACUUUGCUCACUUGAUCCUGGACCUGAGGGCAAAUGGACUGUAACUUAUAUUCCCUGUCAUGCAGACCAAGUAACUGAUCUGGAUUUCUCCCCGUUUGAUGACAAUCUCUUGGCCACCUGCUCAGCUGAUGAAACGGUAAAGGUAUGGCGCGUGUGUGAUCCAGGUCAGGAGCAGCCUGUAAGCGCUAAUACAUCUUUAAGUCCUGGUGAAGGCAGACUGGAGCUGCUGCUUUUCCAUCCUGCUGCUGCAGGCUUGCUGGCAGUCGGCUCAAGCAGGGGCGUCCAGGUCUGGGACACCAGCAGAGACAAAGCCCUAGCUGUUCUGGAGCAGCAUAAGGAGCAGGUGCAGAGUCUGGCCUGGAAGGAGGACGGCUCUCUAUUGGCUUCCUCCUGCAAGGAUAAAAACCUGCGCAUCUUUGAUCUGAGAGCACAGUUGACUGCAGUUCAGUGUGCUCAAGUUCUGUAUAGCAACAAGGAUUCUCGUGUUCACUGGGUGAAAGAUGAUUACAUCCUCACUACUGGAUUCAACCAGAAUCGGCAGCAGGAGGUCCGUCUGUGGGAUUACAGGAAGCUGAACACCUCGCUAAGCUCUGUGUCUUUAGCCACCUCCAGUGGGACUUUAAUGCCAUUGUAUGAUCCUGAUUCCAGUCUCCUUGUAGUGUCAGCAAAGGGAGACAGUGUGAUUGACUGCUUUGAGGUGACCACAAGCGAGCCCUGCCUUUCACAAGUAAGCCACUGCCUGAGUGAUGCAUCCACACGUGGAAUAGCAGCGUUGCCCAAACUGGCACUGGACGUAGGUUGUUGUGAAGUGCUGCGGGUGACGCAGCUGACCGACAGUUUCAUUAUCCCUAUCAGCUAUCAAGUGCCUCGCAAGGCAGGGCAAGACUUCCAUGCUGACCUAUAUCCAGACACUGCAGGCCGCACUUCAGCCAUGACUGCAGAUGAAUGGUGGCAGGGAAUGAACAAGCAAGUGGAAAAGGUUAGCCUGCAUCCAGACAAGAGGCCAAAGGGAAAAGCUCAAGCAGCCACUGCAAAGGAAGUACCUCGUGGAAAAAGUAAAGAGGUGCCUUCCACCCCCAGUAGUGUCCUCAGUACCCCCAGUGACAGUGUGGUUCCAUCCCGCUCACCCUCCUCUACUAGUGGUCUGUCCUCUGGAUUCCUUCCCAGUCCCAGCCAGAGUUCUCGUGCCAUUCAGAGCAUGCUGGGGCCAAGCUCAAAGUUUCGUCACAUUCAGGGUGCUGUUCUGCACCGUGACACCCAUAUCACCAAUCUACGCGGCAUGAGUUUGACUACACCGGGAGAGUGUGAUGGCUUCUCUGCCAAUGGGCAGCGGGUGGCAGUGCCCCUGGCCACUGCAGGAGGGCAGAUUGCUGUGCUUGAGCUUUCUCAGCCUGGAAAGCUGCCAGACACAGCGUUGCCAACCAUCCAGAACACAGUCAGUGUGGCUGACUUCUGCUGGGACCCUUUUGACGCUCACAAACUAGUAGUUGCGUGUGAUGAUGCAAAAAUCCGGGUGUGGAAGAUUCCAAAAGGUGGACUGGUGGAAACAGUGACUGAACCCCAGUGUGUUCUACAGGGACACACUGAGAAAAUCUACUCCAUCAAGUUCCACCCCCACGCAUCAGGUCUGCUUGUAUCCUCGUCAUAUGACAUGACUGUGCGAAUGUGGAAUCUGGAAACUGGUCAAGAAAUCAAGAAACUUAGUGGACAUCAAGAUCAGAUAUUUGGAAUGGCUUGGAGUCCGGACGGCAAGUUGUUGGCUACUGUGUGUAAAGAUGGAAAAGUGCGUUUGUUUGACCCACGCAAGUCUACUGAACCUAUCCAGGAGGGCCCUGGUCCUGAGGGCCACAGAGGUGGUCGUAUUGUCUGGGUGUGUGAUGGCCAGUACAUCCUGGUAUCAGGGUUUGACUGUCGCAGUGAGCGAACUCUUUACCUGUUCUCUGCUAAGUCCUUGGCCACUGGACCUGUGGCUACUGUGCCUGCUGACGUGUCACCAUCAACUCUCGUCCCGUUCUAUGAUGCUGACACCAGCCUUGCUAUUCUCACGGGGAAGGGUGACACACGCGUGUACAUUUAUGAGAUCAUAACAGAAGCCCCUUACUUUAUGGAGUGCAGCAGCUUCCACUCCUCUGAGCCACACAAGGGCUUGUGCUUCAUGCCAAAGACGGUGUGUGAUGUACGUGACGUUGAGGUGGCCAGAGCUGUCAGACUUAGCAAGACCAGCAUUGAGCAAGUGGCCUUCAAAGUGCCCCGUGUCAAAAAAGAGUUCUUCCAGGAUGAUGUGUUCCCUGAGACAGCAGUGUGGUGGGAAUCAACUCUGAGUGCUGCUGCCUGGCUCUCUGGUUCUGACAGACAGCACCACAAGAUCAGCCUGCAACCUAAGGACAUGACCCCGGUGAGCGAGGCUCCUAAGGAAGUACCAGUGAGGAAGUACCUCCCUUCUUCUGUGUAUCUCGAAGAGAAGACUGAUGACCAGAAAAAAGAGGAGCUUUUGAGUGCCAUGGUGGCUAAGUUGGGGAACAGGGAAGAUCCACUGCCACAGGAAUUAUUUGAAGGGGUGGAUGAAGAGGAAUGGGAUGACUAAUGAGACGCCUUGGUGUCUACAGUGCCAUCAACAGAAAAUUAAAGAAACAUCCUAUCCUGCUUAAUAUCUGCAUUAUUCCUGAGAGCCAGUCUAAAGCCCAUAUCCAAUACAUCAGUUUAUGCAUCACAAAAUCCAACAAAUGUCUUCUGCAUCAAUCAGUCAGAGCUAAAUGUACAUAAUGUUAGUUAGCUGUACAGGCACUUCUGUUGUCAGUUACUAAACCAUACGACUGUUUGAAUGUACAGUGAGCCUCACAACAUUGCAUGUUUUUAAACUGUUAAUUGGAAUUUUUCUACUUUUAAAUUUGUCUUAACAUUGGAAUGUUUUACAGCCGUCUUCUUAACCCCCUCCCCUUUAUGACCCAUUUUUGCUGAUUAAUCAGGAAUACUGAUCUCUUAAAAUGCAUGCUUCCAGGUUUUAUGGUUAUAUUGCAUAGCUAUGUAAUGUGACAGACAUUGGGAAAGACACACACACACACACACACACACACACGGCUGAAACCUCCAUUUCAUUGUAGUCUGUUCUGCAGUUUUUGUAUCUCAGGCAGCUGGAAAUUGCCUAAAAUAAAUAUAAUCUUGUUCAGUAGAAA